AAGAAGCUCGGAGGAAGAGCAAGAACGAAGAGGAGCAAUGGCGGGUGGCGGUCGCGGCGGCGGGCGCGGGGAGGAGGAGUACGACUACCUGUUCAAGGUGGUGCUGAUCGGGGACUCGGGCGUCGGCAAGUCCAACCUCCUCUCCCGCUUCACCCGCAACGAGUUCUGCCUCGAGUCCAAGUCCACCAUCGGCGUCGAGUUCGCCACACGGACACUCCACGUGGAGAGCAAGAUAAUCAAGGCGCAGAUUUGGGAUACGGCAGGGCAGGAGCGGUACAGGGCGAUCACGAGCGCCUACUACCGCGGAGCCCUUGGGGCGGUCCUGGUCUAUGACGUGACCAAACCCACGACCUUCGAAAACAUCAGCCGGUGGCUCAAGGAGCUGCGUGACCACGCCGACGCGAACAUCAGAAUCAUGCUUGUCGGCAACAAGACUGACCUGAAGCACCUUCGGGCUGUCACCACGGAUGACGCCCAGAGCUACGCGGAGGCCGAGGGCCUGUCCUACAUCGAGACGUCCGCGCUCGAGGCCAUGAACGUGGAGGAGGCGUUCCAGCUGAUCCUGGGUGACAUAUACCACACCAUCAGCAAGAAGGCAGUGGCCUCAGCCGAGGAUGACAGGGCAGGAGUCAAGGAGGGUAAGACCAUCGACGUGGCUGCCACCGACGCUGGUGCCGAGAAGAAGCAAUGCUGCUCAGCUUAGUUCAGAUGAUGUACUUUUUUCGAUGCCGUUGGUGUAUGCUGUGUGAUGUUUUUUUUUUUUUUGAGUUUAAAGCUUUUGUUGAUUCAUUUUGUCAGAUAUAUCCUACCUUGUUAGAACCUGAAACUCACAUAUUCAGUUACUAUAUGAUAUAUCAAGUUCAUUGAUUUAUA